AUGAGCGGCCACACGGGAGGUGCAGCAGCAGCAGCAGCGCCCUGGACCCCGAACGCCGUCGGCGCAUCUACCGUCGGCACAGGCGGCUGGAGCAGUGCUAGCAGCUCCAAGCGGGCCAAAACGUCCGUGUUCACGGGCGAGAUGCGGGACCGCCAGGCCCGGGGCAAGGACCCCUACGACGACUCGGAGGACGGGAGCGACUGGACGCCCGGCGAAGGACGCGAGGGCGGCCGUGGACGCUGUCGCAUUGGAGGGUAG